AUGGAGGUGUCCCCGCUCCAGCCCGUAAAUGAAAACAUGCAAAUCAACAAAGUAAAGAAAACUGAAGAUGCUAAGAAAAGAGUGUCUAUUGAAAGAAUCUAUCAGAAGAAAACUCAACUAGAGCAUAUUUUGCUCCGCCCAGACACCUAUAUUGGGUCCGUGGAAUUAGUGACCCAGCAAAUGUGGGUUUAUGAUGAAGAUAUUGGCAUUAACUAUAGAGAAGUCACAUUUGUUCCUGGUUUAUACAAAAUCUUUGAUGAGAUUCUUGUCAAUGCUGCAGACAACAAGCAAAGGGACCCAAAAAUGUCUUGCAUCAAAGUUACAAUUGACCCGGAAAACAAUUUAAUUAGUAUAUGGAAUAAUGGAAAAGGUAUUCCUGUUGUUGAGCACAAGGUUGAGAAAAUGUAUGUUCCUGCACUCAUCUUUGGACAGCUCCUAACAUCUAGUAAUUAUGACGAUGAUGAAAAGAAAGUAACAGGUGGUCGAAAUGGCUAUGGAGCCAAAUUGUGCAAUAUAUUCAGUACUAAAUUCACCGUGGAAACAGCCAGUAAAGAGUAUAAGAAAAAAUUCAAACAGACAUGGAUGAAUAACAUGGGAAAAGCUGGCGAGAUGGAACUCAAGCCCUUUAGUGGAGAAGAUUAUACAUGUAUCACCUUCCAGCCUGAUUUGUCCAAAUUUAAAAUGCAAAGCUUAGACAAAGAUAUUGUUGCAUUGAUGGUUAGAAGAGCAUAUGAUAUUGCUGGAUCCACUAAAGAUGUCAAAGUCUUUCUCAAUGGAAGUACACUCCCAGUAAAAGGAUUCCGUAGCUAUGUGGACAUGUAUUUGAAAGAUAAAGUAGAUGAAACUGGCAAUCCACUGAAAGUUAUUUAUGAACAAGUAAACCACAGAUGGGAAGUGUGUUUAACAAUGAGUGAAAAAGGCUUUCAGCAAAUUAGCUUUGUCAAUAGCAUUGCUACUUCUAAGGGUGGCAGACAUGUUGAUUAUGUUGCUGACCAGAUUGUGAGUAAACUUGCUGAGGUUGUGAAGAAGAAGAAUAAGGGUGGUGUUGCUGUAAAAGCACAUCAGGUGAAAAAUCACAUGUGGAUAUUUGUGAAUUCCUUAAUUGAAAAUCCAACCUUUGACUCUCAAACAAAAGAAAACAUGACUUUACAGGCCAAAAAUUUUGGAUCAACAUGCCAUUUAAGUGAAAAAUUCAUCAAAGCUGCAAUUGGCUGUGGUAUUGUAGAAAGCAUACUAAACUGGGUGAAAUUUAAAGCCCAAGUCCAGUUAAACAAGAAGUGUUCAGCUGUAAAACAUAAUAGAAUUAAGGGAAUUCCCAAACUUGAUGAUGCCAAUGAUGCAGGGGGCCGAAACUCUACUGAUUGCACACUUAUUCUAACUGAGGGAGACUCAGCUAAAACGUUGGCUGUCUCAGGCCUUGGUGUAGUUGGGAGAGACAAAUUUGGGGUUUUCCCUCUUAGAGGAAAAAUUCUCAAUGUUCGAGAAGCUUCUCAUAAACAGAUAAUGGAAAAUGCUGAAAUUAACAAUAUUAUUAAGAUUGUUGGUCUUCAGUACAAGAAAAAUUAUGAAGAUGAGGAUUCAUUGAAAACUCUUCGUUAUGGGAAGAUAAUGAUUAUGACAGAUCAGGACCAAGAUGGUUCCCACAUCAAAGGUCUGCUGAUUAAUUUUAUCCAUCACAACUGGCCUUCUCUUCUAAGACAUCGUUUUCUGGAGGAAUUUAUCACCCCCAUUGUAAAGGUAUCUAAAAACAAACAGGAAAUGGCAUUCUAUAGCCUUCCUGAAUUUGAAGAAUGGAAGAGUUCUACUCCGAAUCAUAAAAAAUGGAAAGUCAAAUAUUACAAAGGUUUGGGCACUAGCACAUCAAAAGAAGCUAAAGAAUAUUUUGCAGAUAUGAAAAGACAUCGUAUUCAGUUCAAAUAUUCUGGUCCUGAAGAUGAUGCUGCUAUCAGUCUGGCCUUUAGCAAAAAACAAAUAGAUGACCGGAAAGAAUGGCUAACCCAUUUUAUGGAGGAUAGAAGACAACGAAAAUUGCUUGGUCUUCCAGAGGAUUACUUAUAUGGGCAGGCUACCACGUACCUAACCUACAAUGACUUUAUAAACAAGGAACUUAUCCUGUUCUCAAAUUCUGAUAAUGAGAGAUCUAUCCCAUCUAUGGUGGAUGGUCUGAAGCCAGGUCAGAGAAAAGUUUUGUUUACUUGUUUCAAGAGGAAUGACAAGCGAGAAGUGAAAGUUGCCCAGUUAGCUGGGUCAGUGGCUGAGAUGUCAUCUUAUCAUCAUGGUGAGAUGUCAUUAAUGAUGACCAUUAUCAAUUUGGCUCAGAAUUUUGUGGGCAGCAAUAAUUUGAACCUUUUGCAACCUAUUGGUCAGUUUGGUACUAGGCUGCAUGGUGGCAAAGAUUCUGCCAGUCCUCGAUACAUCUUCACAAUGCUCAGUCCUUUAGCUCGGUUGUUAUUCCCACCAAAUGAUGAUCACACAUUAAAGUUCUUAUAUGAUGACAACCAACGCGUUGAGCCUGAAUGGUACAUUCCUAUUAUACCCAUGGUCCUGAUAAAUGGUGCUGAAGGAAUUGGUACUGGAUGGUCCUGUAAAAUUCCCAACUUUGAUAUUCGUGAAGUUGUAAAUAACAUCAGGAGACUGAUGGAUGGAGAAGAACCUUUACCAAUGCUUCCAAGUUAUAAGAACUUUAAGGGUACUAUUGAAGAACUGGCUUCAAAUCAGUAUGUGAUUAGUGGUGAAGUGGCUAUUCUUAAUUCCACAACCAUUGAAAUCUCAGAGCUUCCUAUCAGAACAUGGACCCAGACAUACAAAGAACAGGUUCUAGAGCCCAUGUUGAAUGGCACUGAGAAGACACCCCCUCUCAUAACAGACUAUAGGGAAUAUCAUACUGAUACCACUGUGAAGUUUGUUGUGAAGAUGACUGAAGAAAAACUAGCAGAGGCAGAGAGAGUUGGAUUACACAAAGUCUUCAAGCUCCAAACUAGUCUCACUUGCAACUCGAUGGUUCUUUUUGACCAUGUAGGCUGUUUAAAGAAGUACGACACAGCACUGGAUAUUCUAAGAGACUUCUUUGAACUCCGGCUUAAAUAUUAUGGACUACGAAAAGAAUGGCUUCUAGGAAUGCUUGGUGCUGAAUCUGCUAAACUGAACAAUCAAGCUCGAUUUAUCUUAGAGAAAAUAGAUGGCAAAAUAGUCAUUGAAAAUAAACCUAAGAAAGAACUGAUUAAAGUUCUAAUUCAAAGAGGGUAUGAUUCGGAUCCAGUAAAGGCUUGGAAAGAAGCUCAACAGAAGGUUCCAGAUGAAGAAGAAAAUGAAGAGAGUGACAAUGAAAAGGAAACUGAAAAGAGUGGCUCUGUAACAGAUUCUGGACCAACCUUCAAUUACCUUCUUGAUAUGCCACUUUGGUAUCUAACCAAGGAGAAGAAAGAUGAACUGUGUAAACUAAGAAAUGAAAAGGAGCAAGAGCUGGAAACAUUAAAAAGAAAGAGUCCAUCAGAUUUGUGGAAAGAAGACUUGGCUGCUUUUGUUGAAGAACUAGAUAUUGUUGAAGCCAAGGAAAAACAAGAUGAACAAGUUGGAAUUCCUGGAAAAGGAGGGAAAGGAAAGGGGGAAAAGGCCCAAAUGGUUUAAGUUUUGCCUUCUCCAUCUGUCAGAAGAGUCAUUUCCCGAGUGACUAUAGAGAUGAAAGCAGAGGCAGAAAAGAAAGUUAAAAGGAAAAUUAAGAGUGAAAAUACUGAAGGAAGUCCUCAAGAGAGCAAUAUGGAACUAAAUGGUCUGAAACAAAGAUUAGAGAAAAAAACUAAAAGAGAACCAGGUACCAAGACUAAGAAACAAACUACCUUGCCUUUUAAAGUCAUCAAAAAAGGAAAGAAAAGAAAUCCCUGGUCUGAUUCAGAAUCAGAUAUGAGCGAGAAUGAAAAUAACUUUGAAGUCCCUCCACGAGAAAUUGAGCCACGGAGAGCAGCAACAGGUAUGAAAAAACCCAAAUACACAGUAGCUUUGGACUCAGAGGAUGAUGUCUCAGAUUUUGAUGAAAAAAGUGAGGAUGAAGAUUUUGUCCCAUCAGAUGCUAGUAGUCCACCUAAGGCCAAAGUUUCCCCAAAACCUACUAAAAAAGAACUGAAGCCACAAAAAAAGGCCAAAUUAGGAAUGGACCUUGAUGAUGAUGAUGAUGAUGACGACAACAAGGACAAGGAGAGUGUACCACUUUCUUCAAGCGAACCUGUUGACGUUGAUUUACCAGCUGAAACUGAAAUUAUAAACCCAGUCUCUAAAAAGAAUGUCACAGUAAAGAAGACAACGGCCAAAAGUCAGUCUUCCACUUCUGCUACAGGCAUCAAAAAAAGGGCUGCACCAAAGGCAGCCAAAAAAGAUUCUGGCUUGAAUUCUGACAUCUCUCCAAAAAAGCCUGGUCCUGUCAAACCCAAAAAUCCUCGCAAAAGAAAGCCAUCUACUUCUGAUGAUUCUGACACUAAUUUUGAGAAAAUUAUUUCUAAAGCAGUGACAAGCAAAAAAUCCAAGGGGGAGAGCAGUGACUUUCAGGUGGAUUUAGACUCAAAUGUGGCUCCUCGGGCAAAAUCCGGACGAGCUAAAAAGCCUAUCAAAUAUGUUGAAGAAUCUGAUGAAGAUGACCUGUUUUAA